AAAAAUGAAACACCUAUUUUUUGCUACAAAAAACAAUUAAAUACAUUAAUAUGUGUGGUUCUCGAUUUCAUUAAAAAAGGAAAAAACCCUUUCUGGUUCUCUGGCAUUGGUUUUUCACUGACCGUUUUGUUUUUUGACUUGAAUUUCAAGUCUCAAGCAGCUCCUGAAGCAAAGUUGGAGAAGUUGGGUUUUCUCUCAUCAAAAACCUUUCUUCCAUAGCUGAACGCGCUUACUUCCACAGCGGAAUACGGUUGCAGGCAACAAUGGGUGGGGUGAUAAAGAAGUUUUUCGUUGCGUCAAUGUUUAUGUGGAUUGCUCCUGUUGCAAUUUUGUAUGGUUUUAACCAUAAUUUGCUUCCUGGUUCAACCCAUUUGUCUCCCUAUUCUUUGACACUGGUGAGUGGCUUCCUUGCUGUCAUCUCAGUCAACGUGGUUAUUGCGUUCUAUAUAUAUAUGGCGAUGAAGGAACCAUUAGAUAAACAUGAGCCGGAUCCUGCGUUCCUUGCUGAAGCCAAAGCUAGUGUCAGUCGACCCACAAAUCAAGCUGAGGAUUCUUCACAGUCCGAAAAGAAACAAGAUUAGUUUUAAGCUUACGCCUUUUUCAUGUACCAAAAAGAAGUGAAAAUGUGGAUUGACUAGAUAAUUGUUCAGAUUCCUCUUGAUGAAAUUAUCCUCAUGUUU